AUGUCGGUGAAGAAUUAUACUUCACCCGAUCUUGACAGAAUUGAGUCUGAACAUCUGAAGUACCUACCGCCAGUCCUCAUCAACACCUUGACGAGACUCCUCACUCUUUAUCUGUCAGAAUGCAAGGUUUCUAAGCAAUGCAAAACCAGCAAGAUUGUGCUGUUGUAUAAGAAGGGAGACCCACAAGACAUUGGCAACUACCAUGCCAACCUGCUUACUGUCUGUCAUCUACAAAUUCUUCACAAGAGUAGUCCUAAACGAGAUAGCAAAAGUCUUGGAUGA